AUGGUGCCCCCAGGGAAGAAACCAGCUGGAGAGGCCUCCAACUCCAACAAGAAGUGCAAGCGUUACUUCAACGAGCACUGGAAAGAGGAGUUCACCUGGCUGGACUUUGACUACGAGCGGAAGCUGAUGUUCUGCCUCGAGUGCCGCCAGGCCCUGGUGCGGAACAAGCAUGGCAAAGCGGAGAAUGCCUUCACCGUGGGCACCGACAACUUCCAGCGCCACGCCCUGCUGCGCCACGUGACCUCAGGGGCCCACCGCCAGGCUCUGGCUGCCAACCGGGGCCAGCCCUCUUUUGAGGGCCAGGCUGAGGGCGGAGGGGCCUGCCCAGGCCUGGCCACAGCCCCCAGCUCCAGGGGCGUCAAGGUGGAAGCAGACCCAGCUAAAGUGGCCGUGCUGACCACAGUGUACUGCAUGGCCAAGGAGGAAGUGCCUGACGACCGCUGCUCUGCCCUGCUCGAGCUGCAGAGAUUCAACCUGUGCCAGGCACUGCUGGGCAUGGAGCAUGGCGAUUACUACAGCCCCAGGAGGGUGAGGGACAUGCAGGUGGCUAUCGCCAGUGUCUUGCACACAGAGGCCCGUCAGCGCCUGAAGGCAUCCCCGUAUGUGGGCCUGGUGUUGGAUGAGACCAAGGACUGGCCUGAGUCCCAUCGUCUGGCCUUGUUUGUCACUUCAGUGUCCCCCUGCGAUGGCCAGCCUGCCACCACCUUUCUGGGCAGUGUGGAGCUACAGGAAGGCGAGGCCACCGCUGGCCAAGUCCUGGACAUCCUGCAGGCUUUCGGCGUGUCUGCAUCCAAGCUGGCCUGGCUCAGCUCAAGCCUGCCCAGUGACCGCCUGGGGAGGGUGCGCCCACAGCUCCAGGCCGCCUGCCCACUGCUCACGGAGUUACACUGCCUCCCUGGCCGGACAGACCCCAAGCCCCCUGCCUACCUAGGUGAAUAUGAAAGUGUACUGGAUGCCCUAUUCCGCCUGCACGGCUGCCCCAGUUCUCACGUGGUCCCUGAACUCAGGGCGGCACUGGACCUUGCAGCUAUUGACUUGGCAGGACCACGGCCAGUGCCCUGGGCCUCCCUGCUGCCUGUGGUGGAAGCUGUGGCUGAGGCUUGGCCUUGCCUGGUGCUCACACUGGAGGCCUCUGCCCCAGCCUCGCCUACCACAAGGGCGCUGGCCCUCGCCCUGCGCCAGUUCACCUUUGUGGCCUUCACCCACCUCCUGCUGGAUGUUCUGCCCUCCGUGCAGAAGCUGGCCCUUGUCUUGCAGCCAGAAGAGCCGGAUUUGGCCUUGCUGCAGCCUCUGGUGAUGGCAGCUACAGCCUCCCUCCACGCACAGUGCAGUUCAGGUGGGGCGCGCCUCCAGGGCUUCCUGCAGGAACUGGCAUCCUCCAGCCCCGAUUUGGGCUGUGGCCGCUGCACCUACCGCGGCGUGGAGCUGGUGGGCUACUCUGAGACUGCGGUCCAGGGCUUGGAGCGGCUGCGGGGGGCCUUCCUGGACUCCAUGCGGAGGGGGCUGCGGGACUCUUACCCUGGGCCCUCGCUGGACGCCGUGGCCGCCUUCGCGGCCAUCUUCGACCCCCGCCGCUACCCGCAGGCCCCCGAGGAGCUGGGCGCGCACGGGGAGGGGGCACUCCGCGUCCUGCUGCGCGCCUUCGCCCCCGCUGUGGUGCGCCAGAGGGCGCUGGGCGACUUCGCGCUCUUCAAGCGCGUGGUGUGCAGCCUGGGGCGGCUGGGCCCGCGGGCCCUGUGCACCAAGCUGGCGUGCGCGCGCUCAGAACUGCACGAGCUCUUCCCCGACUUCGCCGCCCUGGCCGCACUGGCCUUGGCGCUGCCUGCGGGCGCCGGCCUCCUGGACAAGGUCGGCCGCAGCAGGGAGCUGCGGUGGUGGGGGCCUGGCGGGGCAGGGGAAGGACGGGGCGGCCCCGCGGUGAAGAUCGCGGUAGAUGGGCCGCCGCUGCACGAGUUUGACUUUGCGCUGGCGGUGGAGUUCCUAGAGAGCGGGUGGGGCGAGGGCCUCCAGGGCUCGCAGCUCACCUGA